GUUAGCACCAGGGCCCGACUUGCUCACUGUGUAACCUUGGGGGGAGUCACAUCCCCUCUCUGGGAAGGUUUCCCCUCCUCUGAACAUGAACAUUAAGGCUGGCCAGGCUGUGGCUGGCAAAGGCCAAUAAGAGUGCAUUAAAGAAUCUCUACCUUGGUAUACUCUGAGUUUGUUACUUUUCUUGGACUCUGGAAGAUUGCCGGAAAGCAGGAAGAGUGCUGUGUUGAAUUGAACAAGUGGAGCAAUUUCUCUGGGCUUCUGAAAAUAGCGGAUGACCAGGACCAGGCCAGGUGAUUUCUAAAUUCCUUCCAGAGCCAAAAACAAACAGCCAAAACAAAAAAACAAAAACUCUGGAUUUUCUUAGUGGUCCGACGCCGCUACAAACUCCACCGGUCACUUCCCUCCGGCCGGCCCCUAGAGGGCGCAGUCCCUUUAAGUCCAGCCUGCUCCUCCCCAGCCAAUCACCGUGAGCAGAAGUUCUUUAAGGACCAAAGGAGGGAAUUCAGCCCGAGAAGGGGGCGGGGCAAGGGCGUGCCUUCCAGCCAAUCGGAAUCUCCCUAACGACUAAGCUCCCGCUGUGUGACAGCUUUCGGGACCAAUGGGCAUGUCGCCCGCGGCCUAUAAGACUGGGCUGGGCCCCGGGCGACAGGCAUUAGGGUCGGUUGGCUGUCUCCUUUGUAGGUGUACCCUGGGUUUGCCUCGCCCUACCUGCCGUCCGGUCGCCGCAGCUGCUCCCCGCGCCUUGGCCCCGGCCCAGCCGCUCUCCCUGCCAUCCUCCCCUUAACCACCCCCCGGUUUCUGCCGUCGGGGCCCCGGGGCUAGGCUAAGGAUGCCGUCUGGGAGCGGAGCUGAGAGCCGGGACCAAGCAGCUGCACAGGUGGGGACGGCUGCGGUCUCGGAGGUGGUCACGGCCACCCAGGCAGGCGGCGGCCCCGACCCAGAGACCUCAUCCGCCUCCCUCGGACGGCACCUGAGUGGGCUGGGCUGGCCACAGGUGAAGCGACUGGACGCGCUCCUGAGCGAGCCGAUUCCCAUUCACGGACGCGGCAACUUCCCCACGCUGAGUGUGCAGCCCCGGCAGAUCGUGCAGGUUGUCCGCAGCAGCCUGGAGGCACAGGGACUGCACGUGCAUGGAGUGCGGCUGCACGGCUCAGCUGCCAGCCACGUGCUGCACCCUGAGAAUGGCCUGGGUUAUAAGGACCUGGACCUAGUGUUCCGUGUGGACCUGCGCAGCGAGGGGUCCUUCCAGCUGACCAAGGAGGUGGUGCUGGCUUGCCUGCUGGACUUCCUGCCGGCCGGUGUGAGCCGGGCCAAGAUCACGCCACUGACACUCAAGGAGGCAUACGUGCAGAAGCUGGUGAAAGUGUGCACAGACACGGACCGCUGGAGCCUCAUCUCGUUGUCCAACAAGAGUGGCAAGAACGUGGAACUCAAGUUUGUAGACUCGGUCAGGCGCCAGUUCGAGUUCAGCGUAGACUCCUUCCAGAUCAUCCUGGACUCCCUGCUGCUCUUUGGCCAGUGCUCAUCCACGCCCAUGUCUGAGGCCUUCCACCCAACAGUCACAGGCGAGAGCCUAUACGGGGACUUUGCCGAAGCUCUGGAGCACCUGCGGCACCGAGUCAUCGCCACUCGCAGCCCGGAGGAGAUCCGAGGUGGCGGCCUCCUCAAGUACUGCCACCUUCUGGUGCGCGGCUUCCGGCCACAGCCCAGCACCGACGUGGGCGCCCUGCAACGCUACAUGUGCUCCCGCUUCUUCAUCGACUUCCCAGACCUGGUGGAGCAGCAGCGCACACUGGAGCGCUACCUGGAGGCUCACUUCAGCGGGGCUGACUCCGCCCGCCGCUACGCCUGCCUGGUGACGCUGCACCGGGUGGUCAAUGAGAGCACCGUGUGCCUCAUGAGCCAUGAGCGCCGCCAGACACUGGACCUCAUCGCCACGAUGGCGCUCCAGGCGCUGGCUGAGCAGGGUCCGGCUGCCGCAGCCGCCCUGGCCUGGCGCCCUCCAGGCCCGGAUGGGGUUGUGCCCACCACUGUCAAUUACUACGUGACCCCUGUGCAGCCUCUGCUGGCCCGGGCCCACUCCUGCUAUCCCACCUGGCUGCCUUGUAAUUGACUCAGACCCUGGCCAGAGGGACUGAGCCUCCUCAGAUGGAGCGGGGCCUCCAGGGGUGUGUGGAGGACGUGACCGGCCUGUGCCAGGUGGCCCAGCACCGGCUGCAGGUUUGGGCCUUGGACUGAACAGACCAGACUCCCCCGAGGGAGGCUCCUGAGGGCUUAAGUCCAAACGGGUCCUUGGCAGAUGGACCUUUUGCUUAUUGUACCACACUUUUAGACCAGCAUGAUUGUGGGGUACAGGAGCAGUUUGUCUUAGGGAUCGAUUGCCUUUAGGAGAUGAAGCAUGUUUGGGGUGGUAGCCUCAACGUCCAUCAUCUUGGGUUGAUUUCUGUGGCCUAGAAAGGGUCUUUUUGGCUAGGACCAGCCUUCAGUGAUCCAAGGGCCUGCAGCCUACACAGUGGCUAAAAUAUGGUAGGUUAUGGGAACUAGUCACGUUGAAUCAAGCUGGGCCACUAACAGGGCCUGGUGGUCCACCCUGGCUAAUUACUGGGAGGAGGGAAACUGAAGCAUGAGGCCGAUACCUGGGUUUGGAGAGGGAUGUGCCUGAGCUGUUGAGUUUGGUGAGCAGGAGCCAAGUGGCCUGGGGUGGGACACAGCCCAUAACGCUUUUGGGGGAUUGCUCCCUUCCCCCAUGCCAUGAGGAGCCCUCCUACUUGGGAGCUUAUUCUUCAGAGUGUGGGCCCAAAGGGGCCACAGGCAAGUGCUCCCACCCCACUUGCCUGGUUACAGGGACCUCACUUGUGGGAGGAGAGCCAUGCCCAGCCUCUUGUUACUAUUUUGCACUCUUAACACCUGCCAAUAAAGAUUGUCUACACUGAGCCUAGCACCAUGCUUUCUCCUGGGAGGACUUUCCAUGGCUGUGGGAGCUGUGGCUGCCACCCCCAGCCUGAGUCUGGCUUAUAUUGUGGGAGGGUUACGUUUUGGGGUAUGUGUCCUGGGCUGUGGCUGGGGGGAACACCCCUCCUUCCCCUAACACCAGCCCCAGCUUGACAACUGUGCUAGGAGCUCCUGUCCACAUGUGGGACUGGCACCUGCCCGUUGCCUCAGCAAGUCUCUUAUUAAAGAGUAAAUAUUUCAGCGUUUCCUACCUAGAGUCCUAAUGACCCCGGACCUGGCCUCACACUCUGGUACUCAGGGCUGCCUGACCCUAUCUCUGCCCGCUCUACCCCCACCCCCACUCCUUCCCAGGAAGCAGGUGGAAAAUAAGCUGGGUGAAUCCAAACUAGAGACCCCUCCCAAUAGUGGCAAGGGAAACUGGGAGACUUUUAGAGUCCCCCAAAGCCAGAGCCUAGGUUUGGCCUCCCUACCUGGGAGAGGUUCCCUCAACCCUCUGGCUCCCUCUG